AGAGAGUUAGGGUUUGGGGUUUCUGAACUCAUCUCCUUUGCUUUAAAAAUAAACUUACCCUUUUAGCCAACAACAUGGACGGCUAGCUCUCGUCCCUCUCUGCCUGCCUAGCCUCCUAUCGUCGUCUCCUGGUCGCCGCCGACGGUGAUUUUGCUCGAGCUCGACCCUGACUCGCCUCCAGCCUCCUUCGCCGCCUGUCUUGCCGCGAGCUCGACCCUGCGUCGUCUCCUUCGCCGCCUUUCUGUGAUUUUUCUCCAGACUCGAUCCUGCCUUGCCUCGAGAUCGACCGUGCUACACCCUCUCCGUCUCUUGUGCGUUAAGGUCAAUGGAAGUUUUGGUCGUGGCUUCAUCGUCAAUCGAUGGCGGAAUCGGAUGUUGGGAUCUGAGAACCGGAAAGGAGCAGCUACGCUACAAGUCCUGUGCGUCGCCAGCGCACGGUCUCACUGCCGUCGGCCAAAGUUUCCUUGCCGCCUCUCAGCUCCGCAACGCCUCUGCUUCCUCCGGCUCCGUUUUCUACUGGUAUUGGACUAAGCCUCAAGUGGAAGUUAAGAGCUUUCCGGUGGAGGCAAUAAAGCCUCUUGCCGCAAACAGUGGAGGAACUUACAUCGUUGGUGGUGGAUCCUCCGGGGAUAUUUAUCUUUGGGAGGUUGCGACUGGAAAGUUGCUUAAGAAGUGGCACGGGCACUACCGUUCGGUUACGCGCUUGGUGUUCUCAGAAGAUGACUCUCUUUUAGUUUCAGGGUCUCAGGAUGGGAGUGUCAGAGUCUGGUCUCUGUUAAGGCUAUUUGAUGAUUUCCAUAGGCAGCAAGGGAACCAUCUAUACGAACACAGUUUUAAUGAACAUACAAUGCCUGUAACCGAUGUUGUUAUGGACUAUGGUGGCUGCAAUGCAAUCAUGGUCUCUGCUUCAGAAGAUCGGACUUGCAAGGUUUGGAGCCUGUCGAAGGGUAUGUUGUUGAGAAAUAUUGUCUUUCCUUCAACCAUUAAUGCACUUGCAUUGGAUCCUGGUGGGACUUUGUUCUAUGCUGGUGGCAAAGAUGGGAAGAUUUAUAUCGGUGCACUUAACGCCAAAAGUGACUAUGGAACACAGACUCUUGGUUCAGUAUCCGAACAGAGCAAGGCCGUGACUUGCUUGGCAUAUUGCGCAGAAGGAAACCUCCUACUUUCUGGAUCAGAAGAUGGCUUGGUUCAUGUUUGGGACCCCAAAACGUGUGAUAUCGUCCGUGCUUUCAGCCAUGCAAAAGGUCCUGUGAACAAUGUUCAAAUAGUUAGAAGACCGGUUGCAGCCAAUCCCUAUAGUUCUAACAAAAUGCAAUCUUCAUGGAAAAGACAUGGAUCAUCGUUACCGCCUCCGUUAGAAAAAUAUGAAACUUCAAGAGAAGAAAUGACGGAUGAUACGGUUAUGGUUGAUCUGCCAGCUCCUGAUGUUCCUGUUUUCACUACAUACUGCAGCUCUCACACAAUCAACAAUCAAGUAAAAGAAUUUCAGCAACAAGGCUCUGCAGCAACUGAAAUUGAGAUGGAGAGAAUGAGACAUGAACUCAAGAAAUCAUCACAGAUGAUCCAUCAGUGGCAGAAGACGUACGAGAACUUGCAUCAGUUAUGCGUUACAGAGCUUCUGGGAGAUCAGCAAACCGACUGUUCCCGUUGAAGCUCUGUUCUUCAGUUGGAAGUAUAAGCAGAUUUGAUGGUUCGUAGGGAUUCCUCCAAGUCAUCACAAAGCCGAUGAGGAUCGGUUAUGACCGUUGAAUCAACUGUCAGAGACAUUGUCAUCUUGUUCAUGUAACUCUGGAAGUGCAUCGUCAAUGCCUGAAGAACCAUCCGAAAAUCAC